GGCUGCAAAAAGAUGCAAUUAAGGGCCCAGGAUGCAAAUAAAUGUUGUUUGCGUAAGUUUGAGAACACUACUGAUAACUCUAGGACAGUGUAAGUGUUUGAAGUAUAAAAGUAGUGUUGAAACGCGUUCUCAAUUCACUCAGGUUUUGUCAGUUCAAUUCAUACAGAAUCAUAAGUUUGAGCUUCAAGAUCACCUGGCGAUCAAACCUACUCGAUUCAUCAUGGCUACCGCUAAAUUAAAAAUCGGCGUGGCCUGCGAAAAUCUGUCCUCGAAGUCCGGUCCGUUUUGCACCUUGAUGGCAAAGUCCAAUUCGCAAUGGAAGGAAGUGGGACGCACCGAAGUCAUUCGAAAUUCCUCGAGCCCUGCUUGGGCGACCAAGCUUGAACUCAAUUAUAACUUUGAGAGGAGAGAAAAAGUCAAAUUUGUGGUCCAAGACCAAGACAUGCAACUUCUGGGAACCUUGAGUGUAACCUUGGGCACUUUGGUGGCUGCUCCGGGACAGGUUUAUAGAAGUAUAAUUGAAGAGGGUUCCAGUAAGAAAGGAUACUUCAUCAUAACUACGGAAAAUGUUACUCCUGCCGCCAAAAAGGAAAGCAUUGAGAACAAAUUUACGAGCUUCAUUCGAAAUGGAACCGCCCUUAACUUCGCGGUCGCUAUCGACUUCACUGCCUCAAAUGGCGAACAUCUCGAGCCAGAAUCACUCCAUUAUAGAAGUAAACCCAACGGUAAGAAUAGCUAUACGGAAGCUGUUCGUGCGCUUGGUCAAAUUUUGGAAGAUUACGACGCCGACAACCUGUUUCCGGCCUUUGGAUUUGGAGCUGUAGUGCCACCAAGCCAAGAAGUUUCUCACAACUUCUUUCUUAACCAGCAUCCCACUAACCCCGAAUGUAUAGGCGUGGAGGGGAUCAUUGCAGCUUAUACUGAAACAUUGGCAAAGGUUGAAUUGUUUGGACCGACCUUCUUUGCUCCCGUAAUCAAUUACAUGGCGGAGGUUGCCAAAAUUAAUCAAGAUGGAAGAAAAUACUAUGUUCUUCUCAUCAUCACGGAUGGCGUCAUUCAAGACUUCAAACAAACUAAAUCUGCCAUUGUUAAUGCCUCCCAUUUGCCCCUGAGCAUCAUCAUCGUGGGUGUUGGGGAAGCUGACUUUACAGAGAUGGAGGCGCUUGAUUCUGAUGAAAGGCUGCUGCAAUCAAAUGGACGCACAGCCAGUCGAGAUAUUGUUCAGUUCACUGAACUUCGCCGUUACGCCAAGGAGAACGGAAACUGGAAAAAGGCAGCAUUGGCCAUGGAUGUCCUGUCCGAAGUACCCACCCAAUUGGUCGAGUGGAUGGAAAAUAAUGGAAAAAAGCCAUUCUACAGCUAAUGAAAUAGCUAUUUGUGCUAUAGCGGGGGCCUUCUUUGCGUGGAGUUUAUAAAAGUGCGGCUUGAAGAAAGUUGACAAGGCCAAGACACAUCGAAUGGGUUCGCUAUUUCAUGCCGUCGAGUUUGAAGAGAAGAUCGAGGGCUUGCCUGAGCUUCUCUUCACACAAGAUGACAAAAUGGCGAAUGUAUUCAAGGUGUUGUUGUUUGACCAAUUGACUUUUUGAGAUCCCAACUUGAAUCAACUGCAUGCAAAGAACGCCGCCGCUAGUGAAUAUUCAGUUUUCUUUUAAAAGAACAGGUUUUCAAGAUAUGAUUUUCCCUCAAAACCACUCGAAGCCAGAUUUGGCGUGAGAGAAUGUCUAUUUUCUUUAUAAGUGGCUGGAAACUUUUACAUUCCAACCACUCGUGAGCACAGCACCAUGAAAUAAAAUUUCUAUUGGUGGCGUUUGGUUUCCUGCUUUGAGUGCCGGAGACAGGAAUUUAUACCUCUGAAAACCAAUGUUUGUAAAAGAAAAACACAACCAAUACCAUGAUUUUUUGUGAAAUGCUUACAGAACCUGUUCAUAUUGGAAUGUCAUUUGAAUCUAGACGAAUUCUAACCUUUUGUUUUAAUUGUAUUAGGGAUUAAGCGGUUAGUAAAACCCAUGAAAAUACAAAUAAGAAA